GGCAGUGCUGUGGCUGCUACCCUAGAUGGCCGUGGGCAGCGCUGACUUGGGGCUGUUGUCUGUCUAACCCAGGCUGCAGAAAGCUGCAGUUAAAGUUCGUUUCUGGUCACGGCUCCAGAAACCCACCCUCCUCUGAGGGUCAAGAAGCGCUGCUUCCUUCUAGUUCCCGCAAGUUCCUCAUCUGCUUCUAGCUUGUUUCCCGCGCCACCUCCGGAUACCCUCAAGUCCCUGACACCCCCAGACUCAAACUAUGAGCCUUCGGCAGCUGCUUUUGCGCUUGCCCUGUUAUCUCGGGGCCUCGGGGCCCCGACGUGGCCCCCUCGACACCAUCUCCUCGGUGGUCUCCUGGCGUGGUCAGUCCUCCAGGUCCCCGGCCCACUGGAACCAAGUGGUGUCAGAGGCGGAGAAGAUCGUGGGCUACCCCACGUCCUUCAUGAGCCUCCGCUGCCUGCUGAGCGACGAGCUCAGCAACAUCGCUAUGCAGGUGCGGAAGCUGGUGGGGACUCAGCACCCUCUGCUUACCACAGCCAGGGGCCUUGUACACGACAGCCAGAAUAACCUCCAGUUGAGGGGCUUGGUGGUGCUACUUAUUUCUAAGGCAGCUGGGCCCAGCAGUGUGAAUGCUUCAUGUCAGAGCUAUGACAUGGUCAGUGGUAUCUAUUCAUGUCAAAGAAGUUUGGCAGAAAUCACAGAACUUAUCCAUACUGCUCUCCUUGUACAUCGUGGGAUAGUAAAUUUAGAUGAAUUGCAAUCUUCUGAUGGGCCACUGAAAGACAUGCAGUUUGGAAAUAAAAUAGCUAUCCUGAGUGGAGACUUUCUUCUAGCAAAUGCCUGCAAUGGACUAGCUCUUCUUCAGAACACCAAGGUUGUGGAACUUUUAGCAAGUGCUCUUAUGGAUUUGGUACAAGGAGUAUACCAUGAAAAUUCUACUUCAGCAAAGGAAAAUCAUAUCACAGAUGAUAUUGGAAUAUUAACUUGGAAGAAGCAGACUUUUCUCUCCCAUGGUGCCUUAUUAGCAAAGAGCUGCCAAGCUGCAAUGGAAUUAGCAAAGCAUGAUGCUGAGGUUCAGGAUAUGGCAUUUCAGUAUGGGAAGCACAUGGCCAUGAGUCAUAAGAUAAAUUCUGAUCUCCAGCCUUUUAUUAAAGAAAAGACCAGUGACUCCUUGACUUUUAAUCUAAACUCAGCUCCUGUAGUCUUACAUCAGGAGUUUCUUGGAAGAGAUUUGUGGAUGAAGCAGAUCAGAGAGGCUCAACGGAAAGGAAGAUUAGACUAUGCUAAGAUGCUGAUUCCAUCUUCAUGGAGAAGCUCUAUCAGCUUUCUUUCAAUGUGAUCUGCUCACUUCUAAGACUGAUAGCAUACCGGUCACUGUGCAUCCUGAGCAAAUGAGUAGGCUCCCCACUGCCUUGACUGUUGUUGGGAAGAUUUCACUUUUUGAUGCAUUUAAGUAAAUAAACACAUCUAAAGAAAUUUUGGAAAGUAGAAAAAAAUUACUCUCAGUCUCACCAUGCUCACAUGAUCAGUAUCACCAUUUCAUUUGUAUUUAAUCCAGCCUUUUCUGCUAUGCCUAUCUUUUUUGCAUGGUUGUAAUUAUAGUAUAAAUUCAACUUUGGGUCCUGCUGUUUUUACAUAAUACAUCAUAAACAUUUUUUCAUGGUGCUGCAGUCUUCAUAACCACUAUUGAUAAGUAGCUUAAAUUCUAAACAAGGUAUAUUGAAUUUUUAUUCCUGAUUGGUUUCUCUGGGAUAAAUGGGUAUACAGUAAAUACUCAUAAGUCAACAUCCCAACCUACUAUUAAGAAAGUCUUUGUCUUGGAAAAAUAGUGCCCCUGCAGGUUCUCCACAGCAGCAAGUUAAAACUGUGAAAUAAAUUCCCUUAAAAUUCUUUAGCCUGAAUGAUUAAUCUUUUCAGUUGGUGGUUCCCAUUCCUUCGAGACGAUGCUCAAAAUGGAUUCACAUCUCUAUGUAUUUUCCUCUCGCUUCACUGCAAGUUCUCAGCCAGCCACACUUCAGUAGGAUGACUUCUUUCUUCCCACUGAGGUUCACAAUCUCCUAGGACAGGAAAGGCCCUCAGACAGUUGUGUUAGCUUCUGCUCUUGGCCAAAACCAAGGAGAAACCAUUUUCUAAGAGUUGAGGAGCCGUCUUUCCUUCUUCAAGGACUUGGGAGAAGAGGACUCUAGAAACUCCUAGGGUUUGUUUGAAGGGAAACAAAAUAACCUUUAUCUGACUCAGAUCUUUCAUGCUAUAACAGUAUGAGUUUAUUGUGUUUUGUUAUUGUCUUCUUUUGUUUGGAUCUUUCUUUUUUUGUAAGCCUUCAAAUGAAGGAGAAAACAGCAUCAUCCUCAAAGAAUUAAGCUACACUUGCAACCUUUCCUUCCUUAAAUUAAUCAUCAUAACUUUACUAUUCGCAUUACUUCUCACUUGUCACAUUUCAAUGAAGUCUCCCUGCCUGUCCUCCUCCCUUAUAUCAUGAGUUGCACAGUUACUUAAACUUACUUGUGUAUGUGGAAUACGAUCAAUUAAUUGUGAGCUUCCUAAUUGCUGCCUGUUUAUGCAGUUCUGUACUUUUCUUUCCUUUUAUUCUUCUUUUUUUGAAGAUUUAGAAUUGCUUUAAUUGCAUUUUCAAAAGCAGCUUUAUUGAAGUAUAGUUUACAUAUCAUAAAAUUCAUCUAUUUUAAGUAUACAAUUCAAUGCUUUUUUAAUAAAUUUACGAAGUUGUGCAAGCAUCACUACAAUUCAGUUUUAAAGAUCCCUUGUGCACAUUUGCAGUCAACACCUGCUCCCACCCUCAAUCCUAGGCAGCCACUAAUCUACUCUCUGUCGCUAUAGAUUUGCCUUCUCUGGACAUUUUAUAUAAAUGGAGUUUUACAGUACUUAGUCUUUUGCAUCUGGUUUCUGUCACUUAGCAUAAUGUUUUUGAGGUUUAUGUAUGUUAUGGAAUUAAUCAUUAUUUCAUUCCUUUAUAUUGCUAAAUAAUAUUCCAUCGAACAGAUAUAUUAUAUUCAUUUAUCCCUUUACCGGUUGAUUGGCAUUUGGGUUGUUUCUACUGUUGACCUAUUAUUAAUAAUGCUGUUGUGAAUACUCAUGUACAAGUCGUUAUGUGGACAUAAGUUUUCAUUUCUCCUGAGUAGAUCCUCAGGAGUAAAAUUUAUAAUAAAUUUAUGUUUAACCUGU